GAAGUUAAUCUUAUCAAGACCAGAAUAAACCUACGUGUCCGGUUACUUUGCAGCGAGUUCCUUCAGCCAUGGCCGAAAAUAUGACUCUUUUUUGGGGCUCCGGCUCUGCUCCGUGCUGGAGGGUGAUGAUUGCCCUGGAGGAAAAGAACCUGCAAGGGUACAAGCAAAAGCUGCUCUCCUUCGAAAAACUGGAACACAAGUCACCAGACGUUUUGGCUGUCAACCCCAGGGGACAGCUUCCUUCUUUCAAACACGGAGACAACAUUUUGAAUGAAUCCUACGCAGCCUGUUUUUAUCUGGAGAACCAGUUCAAGAGUCAGGGGAGCAAACUGAUCCCAGAUGGCCCCGCUGAACAAGCCAUCAUGUACCAGCGCAUGUUUGAGGGCCUCACCUUUUAUGACAAAUUGGGUGCCGUUAUUUACCACGAGUAUUACGUGCCCGAAGGCGAGAGGCUCGCCUCCGCAAUAAAGAGAAACUGCCAAAAUCUCAUCACUGAGCUGCAGCUUUGGGAAGGUUACCUGGACAAGGUGAGCAUGAUGGAAACCCAAAACACACCAAAAGAAAUAUUUUAUUUUUCUGUCAAACAUGCUUUGCAGACGGGAUCCCACCUGGUCGGUUCUUCCUUCACAUUGGCCGAUGUGAUGGUGUUCCCAACUGUUGCUAAUCUUUACCGAUUUGGGUUGUCGCCUGAGCGCUACCCCAAAUUGGCCGCGUAUUACGCUCUGCUGAAGGAUCGACCCAGUAUCAAAGCCAGCUGGCCUCCUCACUGGCUGGAGUACCCCAAGGGUCAAGACACGCUCAAAGACAUCUGACAUGCACGUCACAGGCUUAAAAAAAUUACGUUUGCACUAUCGGCAUUUAUGACGCAAUCUUAUAUUGCCGUUGUAUCAAAAAUAGUCCGUAAAACUGACGUUUUUACGCUAAUAAUUCAAUCAUUCAAAGGCAUUAUGCUUGCAAGUUAAAAUAAAAUCAUGCACUUUAAAUGAA